AUGCAGAACUUCAUAUCCAGACCCUCCAGGACCAACACCAACGAAUUUGGACAUCGUCGAGAGGAUUCUUUCGACUACAACGAGUUCAAGAAUUUGGCUUCGAGUUUGAUCACUUGUCAGCAUCAGAAAGAAUGGAAUCAUCAGCCAAGACUUACUCAAAUACUUCUAAAUUAGAGUUUAACUGUGAUGUUUGAUGGGGUCAUACUCAAAGAGCAAUGCACCUUAUAUCCGAAUGUCCUAAAAAUCGAUUGUCAUUGCAUCCAGCUUUCUUAGUAUCAAAUAAAGAGGAAACAACUGAUCCACAACAAUAAAAAGUGUUACCUCCUCCUCCUGGGCAACGACAUCAUGCUAUUCUUCAGCAAUUUCGAUAUCCAGAAGCAUUGGUAUAAUUAGAUUAAGCAAUUUUGCAUCAUGAAAAACCUUCUAGUCAAAUAUCGGCUGUAAGAACAGUUAUUUCAAGACUUCUACUCUAUCAUCAAAAAGAAGAAUCGACAGCAGUUUUCGGCCUACAUAAUCAAUAAGCAACAGCCCUUCCUGGAACAGACAUUUGGGUUGUUGCACGAGAGCAAGAAUCAUUCCAUUUUAAAAAUCAAGAGGAUCUACGAAGACACCAAUAAUUAUGUCAUGAUUACUGAAAGGUUUGAGGGAGAACCGGUCUUUAACUUCCUACUCGAGAACAUACAAUUCAUGGAAGUGCAAGUAGCAACAUUGAUUUACUAGAUUUUACUAUUGCUGCGUUAUUUAAAUGAGCAUUAGGCAUAUCACGGCAACAUCAAUGCAUUAAACAUAUUAAUCAAUAGAGAAAGUCAGUCCUUGGAAAUUGGGGUUAUUGGAUUUAUAUACUAUCCAUUCAAGUAAGGAGAUGACAUAAGCGAAUAUUUGAAAUGGGUCAAUCUGAAUAAGUAUUAUUGGAGUGGCUUUGAAGAGAAUUAAAUACCUGGAAUUAAUUCUGAUCUUUAUUAAUUGGGAGUCCUACUUUAUAUCAUUACAUUUUAUACGAAAAUCAAUCAAGAUUUGAAACGGAAAAGUGACCCUUACAAAUUGUUUUAAAAGUACAUGAAGGAAUUAGUAAUAAAAUACGAACUGAUUGACGAAACCAUCGAAGUCUUAACAUAGAUGAAGACUCCAGAUUCAUAAUAUGUUCAUGUCUUUUCAUCAAGUCAAUUGGAUCUGAUCAAGAAGCUAUUGUCUAAUUGUUCUUUGUCUGAUGCUCUCACGCAUUAAUGGUUUGUCAAUGCCAAACAGAAGGCCAAACCCCACAAUUAGCGUCAAGGAUUACCCACUCUGAAAACUAUUAUUGAAAUUAAGGAAGCAAGUGAUGGCGAAGCAAGUAAAUCAUAAACCAAAAGAUUCAGUAUAUAAAGUGACAUGUAUGAUUCAAGUAAGUAUAAUUGUGAUGUUUAAGUGGAUGAGUGUCCAACGGUCUCAUAUUUGAUGCGCAACAUCUUAGAUUAUGAAAAGGCGCCAUGUAAAACUCAUCAUUCCUGA